AGCUUAUCACUGAUUUAAAUGACCAUUCGCAUGCUUAAAAAAGCUGUUUUCCACUCUUUUUACGCAUGGUUUUAUUGCUUUAAGCUUAGGCACAGACUACCUGAAGGACAGUGCAAAAGGAACAAGGCUCUGAGGUCUUCAGAGACCCUCAGAUGAAUGCUUGGUGGUGAACACAGGAGAGGGUCUUCUCCCUGGCUGGGCUUUCUGUGAAUCUACACCUCUACUGCUGCCUCCAGAGGUCUUUGAUCUCCUCCACCAGAAUUACGGCUUGGUCAUCCCAUGAAUGGUCAAAGAACAGCCCCUUUCUCGGAUCCCGCCUUGAGGAAAACUUCAAAGCAUUUCAGGGCUGAAGAUAAGAGGACAUUCCUGUCGCCAUGAAAUUUCUCAACUUAUCUCCCUGCUCUCAACUGAAACCAGCACCUCCCAGGCCAGACAGGCCUGUCUCAAGAAUUUCUUAGCCCUCCAGAUCUGAUGCCGGGCAAAUCCUGGUUAUGCAUUCUGGAGGAAGGAACUCUGCGUUCAGCCAAAGAGCCACCUUUUUUCACCCACAAAGUCCUGCCGUUUAUUUACCUUUCUUCCUGGGGACGGUGAACUUCGAGCCCUAAGAAGAUGGGGUCCCCUCCUCUGCGCGGACAGGUGGACAUGAGCAUCACAGACGUCGCUGCCUCACUGCUUAGGACGGAGGAUUCCUUCUCUGCCUGCCUUGCUCGGAUCAACAGCGUCGUCCUCCAGCCCCUCCUACAGUCAGGGUGUUUUGAGAACGCGAAGAUCUUUGGACGACUGAACGACCGCUUCCAAGUCAUCUGGGACCUGACGGAGGAGAGCUACAGAACUCUGAAGCAAACCUUCGGCGUGUCAGAAUCCGUCCGCAUCCAAGACCUGUACCUGGCCCAGAAAGCCGACUUGUUCCUUGACGCUUACGUCCAGUACUUCUCCACUUUUGCCAGUUGUGUCGUGACCCAAGUCUUUGACCAUGCUGCCAGGAAUAAAAGUGAUUUCUGGAAGAGCCACAAGCUGUCGCUGCAGCCGUUCCUCGCCGACUUCUCCCCGGGGACGUCCAUCGCUGUCGCUCUCCACACUGUGCUUCACAAGCCCUUCUGGGAGCACCUCCAGAAGUACAGCCUGGUUUUCUCCCAACUCAAGGAAGCUCCUGGCCAGAACCUGGUUAAAGAAGUGAGCGAAGCUGCCGAAGGGUUUGCAAAGCUUCACUUGUUCAUUUGUCAAGCUUUGGAUGAAGCCAACCUCACCCGGAACCUCUGGAAGUCCCUGGGCCACAAGUUCACGGAUGUUCUUUGCGUUCCUGAGAGGAGGCUGCUGGAAGACAGCCGGAAUCUUGCCCUCUAUCCCAGCACAGGAAGAUCUGACCGGGUUCUUCUCUUCAACGACAUCCUUGUGCUGAUUCAAGGGAACACCUUCCAGAGUUUUGACCUGAAGCUUACCUGGGUGGACGCGACUUUCAAGGAAACAGGAAAGCACACUCUCCGCAUCAACACCCCAGAAGGCAUGUUCUUCCUCUUGGCCAAAGAACCAGAGUCACGGGCCGUGUGGCAGUGGAAGCUGAACCAGGCCGUGCGCCAGGCGCUGAGCGGGAAGCGAGACUUCCCUCUGUGGGGCGAAGCCGGCCGAGGGAGAGACCCGCCGGUCUGCCGCUUCUCCAGCUUCACUUUCCAGGAGGAAGGAAGGUUCAAGGGCGCGACCUACGAGGGAGAGUGGCGGCUGAGUAAGCCCCACGGCAAGGGGACGCUGACAUGGCCAGAUGGUCGGAAUUAUGUCGGGGACUUCCAGGAAGGCAUGGAACAUGGGUUUGGCAUCUGCCUCAUCCCUCGCGCCUCCGAGGACCGCUAUGACUGCUACAAGUGUCACUGGCGAGAAGGCAAGAUGAGCGGUUAUGGGAUUUGCGAGUAUGGCGACGAGAUGGUCUACAAAGGGUAUUUCAAGGACAACGUACGCCAAGGGUUUGGCAUCUUGGAGAACGCUUCGGACGCUGAGCAGCCGUUCAAGUACUCCGGGCACUGGGAAAAUGACAAGAAACACGGCUAUGGCGUCUGGGACGACAAAGAGAGAGGAGAGAGGUACAUUGGGAUGUGGCAGGAAGACCAGAGACAUGGACCGGGGCUUGUGCUCAUGCAGUCGGGCGUCUGCUAUCAGAGAACUUUCCACAUGGAUAAAAUGGUGGGACCUGGGACGCUCCUCCUGGAAGACGACUCAAUCUUCGUGGGAAACUUCACCAGAGACUUGACUUUUGUCGGCAAAGGCAAGCUGACCUUCCCAAACGGAUUCACCCUGGAGGGGACGUUCAGCAGCAAAUCAACCCACGGGCUGCAAACUCAAGGAAUCCUGGACACGUCUGGCGAACAGGAUGACACCGCAGAGAAACUACAGCUGGGUCAGGAAGUAUUCCCGGUAGAGAAAAGAUGGGAAGGCCUCUGCAGUCCCUUCCUGGAGUUCAUCCACUCAGGCGGUCAAGGGGAAACAGAGGAGGCUUUCAUGGGCUUCCACGUCCAGACGAGCAAAGAGCUGAGGAAAUCCCAGGAGUAUCUCUUCUGCCACAGAGGGACUGAAGAGGCUCCCAAGAAAGUUGACUAUCUUGAAGAACUCAUUGAACACCAGGAGAAGGAUGACCUGCAAGAUUACCUGCACCAGGCUCUGCAAUCUUCUCUGCACCCGCUGGGGAAAUUCCUGAAGGCUCUGAUGUUGGCGUUCCAAGCCAGCUACUCUGGAAUCGGAGCGAACAAACAUCUUCUCAGCAUGGCGCAAGAGGAGGUCAAGCACGCAAAGAAGAUUUGGGAAUUCUACCAGGGCUUGCUGCGUCUUGCGUUGGAGGUCAAAGGUCAACCGUCUGCUGGAGGCAUGGAGGAGAGCGACCUCAACGGACCGGCCCUCGUGCUGCCCAUCAUCCUGCCAUGUUUCUACCCAGAACUCUCAAUGCUCUACAUGCUUUACCACCAGAAAGAGGAUGACCUGUAUUGCCAAGGGAUUGUGGAUCUGAGCCUCUUUCCUGAUGUUAAGCUGCUUGAAUUCCUGGAGGUCCAAAAAUAUUUGUGGCCCCUCAAAGAUCUGACGCUCACAAGUAACCAGAGACGAUCACUGGUCAAAGACCGCUGCUUUCUUUCUGCUACUGAAUGUCUACAGAAGCUGAUCACUACUGUUGACCCGCGGGAAAAACUGGACAUCCUCCAAAAGACAUACGAGGAAAUUGAGAAGACAGUGAACCGGGUGCUGGAGAAGGAAUAUAGCCUGCCAAUGGAUGACCUCUUGCCGCUGCUGAUGUAUGUUGUGACGCGGGCAAGUAUACAACAUUUAGGAGCAGAAAUCCACCUGAUCAGAGAUCUGAUGGACCCGACAAAUGAAGGAGGCAUGUACGACUUCCUGCUGACAGCACUCGAGUCGUGUUAUAAUUUCAUCCAGAAGGAAAUAAGACUCCGCCCAAGCUGGCAGGUCCUACACAAUUCCUGAGAGUUGCACAGCAGCAUUCAUUGUCCUAACAAAGGAUGCUGAAAAGAGAAGGAACUUGAAAUUGUCGCUGCUGGGUUUUCCAUUUUUUGGCAUGUCUUUCCUAUGGGAAGGAUGUUUGGUUUUUAAGACACAAUUUCUUUGAAAUUGACAUUUGAAAAAGAAUGGUUCUUUGACAUUGAUGAGAAGGCUGCAGGCAGAAGGAAGUCAACUUAAUUCCAGGUGCAAUACUCCCAUUCCUUGUGUCUCAUCCCCAUGCAAAAUGCAACUUUCCAUUCCUGGGCCAGAGGACUUAUCAUUUUGGAGGCAAGAGGUUAAUUCUGGUCCUGCUGGGGCCAGAAACAAAGCUAUCUUGAAGGUCACCAAAACCAGGAAUUUGCCAGAACCAAUCUUGUUUGGGCCAGUGCAAUUUUUUAACCAAGCGCUUUAACCUUUCAUGUCAAAUUACCACCGUUUAUUAUUUCCUUGUUUGUUUAUGAUUCAUGGAGCAUCUUGCAAAAGACAGUCUUGUGUACUGCUAAAACAUCCCAGUAGAAUGCAUACUGGAUGCUAUUUUAGUUAAUGCAUUGCUUGUGGUACAAUCACUUCAUUUGGGCUUUGCAAAAUUUUGGCAGCCACGCUGAAAUUGAAAUAUUUGAAGGUCAAAGUCUUACUUGUUUCAGCAAUGGUCUGCUGGUAAUCCAAACGCUCUGGUAAGCAGGCAGUGAUCUCUGGAUCACCAUUAGCACAAUAAUGGCAAUCCAAGCUCACUCAACCAGGAGUUCAGAUGAGCAAUGAAACCCAGCUGGUCAGUCCAGCUCCAACCAUACCAUCUGGACUGUGAUGAUGCCCUUGAAUUUGCAAAGACUCUCCUCUCUGCCUUUCUCCCAUAAAAAGCAAACAGCAUAUCCAAUACCAGGGCAGAAAAUGUUCCACCACACAUUCCAUUUAUUCAAAGCUGCUCUUACCUUUUAACCGAUUACCCCUUUUCCAUUGUAAAGGGAAGAUCAUUUCAAGGAUUGAUUUCCGCACCCAGAUAUCCACUGGGAAAUGCAGCUCAAAGCCUAGCGUUUUGCAAGUUACAACAACCGAGAGCUGUAGUUACACACAUACACACUGCCCAUAUUUCUCAUGCAAGGGAGAGUGAACAUGGUCCACCCAAUUUUUCCAGUGACAUCACUGCUUCUUUUAUUUGGGUGUUUGUGCUCAGACACACAAAUAGAACAGGACUUCUGGAAUCUACAUCUGGACUGGCAAAUCUAUGGCCCUCGUUGUUGUUGGAGGGAUCUGGAGGGCCGCAGGUUCACAAGCCCUGACCUCCACAGAGGCAGGUUAAACUCUUGACCUAAUCCUUCGAUGGGACUACAAGGUGUUGGCAGUCAUAGUACAGGAUUUUGGAGGUUUUUCUAAGCAUCGGUUGUCUGGGUCUUUCAAACUGUUCCAUUGUGCUUGAGCAGAGUGAAAAUCCCAUAGUUGCUCUUCCUUUGAUUAACGAACCCUGCAUCCUUGCCUCAGAGCUUUUUUCUGCAAAAGGGUUGGUGUUGCAAACCUUUUCUAAGGUAACUGACAAGUUUAAUAUAAAAAUGCAGAGCCCCAUUUUCUUAGGUCAAAUGAGAGUUCUGGCAAAAGCCUGGUUUAUUCUUCAGUCUGGGUGUAAACUAGGUCAAUAUUGGCUCAUUUUUGACUACUGAAGGCAUAAAAGAGUUGUUGCUUUGAAAUUAAUUGGAAGUGAAAACACUGUUCUUAUCUGAAUGGUGUAAGAGCUAAAACGUGUGUACAUUUUUAACUAAACAACUUUUUAAUGCUUUAAUAUGCUGCAUGAAACUCUACAUUACUGCCUCAUUGUAUUACACUGGAUAAAAUAUUUAAUACGCUAACUUCAUUAUAAAUGACUUUGUAUGGAAAUUUUUUUAUUGCGUUGUUUUGGAGACAUGUAGCUAUUUAUAUGAAACGAAUAAAUGAAGUUGCCUUAACUAAGUGAGAA